AUGGUCGACCGUCCCAACAAGCCCUCGGCUCUGGCAGCCACGCCAUCACAGUCCCACGCUCAGCCCACCGUGACCAUCGACAACGGCCGCGUCAACGCUGCACUUCCCACUGGCGAGACCGUCGAGGUGCUGCUGCACGGCGCCACCGUCCUCAGCUGGAAGGACGCAAGCGGCAAUGAGAAGCUCUGGCUGAGCGAGGGCGCCGUGCUGGACGGCAGCAAGGCGGUCAGGGGAGGCAUUCCGCUCGUGUUCCCCGUCUUUGGCACCGCACCCGACCACGCAGCCACGUCCAAGCUGCCGCAGCACGGGUUCGCGCGCUCGUCGCGGUGGGAGUUCCUGGGCAAGUCGACCAGCGAGUCGGCCAGCAACUCGGCCGCCGAGGACCUCUCGGUCAAGCUCGACUUCGGGCUCAGCAGCUCCUCGCUCGACGCCGACACCAGGAAGCUGUGGCCCUACGAGUUCGACAUCAUCUACAGCGUCACCCUGGAGCGCGCCAGCCUUGCCACCGCGCUGGUCAUCACGAACAAGGACGACAAGCCCUGGGAGUUCCAGGUGCUGGCGCACACCUAUCUGAGGGUCAAGGAUAUCACCCAGGUCGCCGUCGAGGGCCUCGACGCCUCGGAGUAUGUCGACAAGGUUGACUCCCUGAAGACCAAGACACAGUCGUCCAACGUCACCAUCACCGGCGAGACAGAUCGCGUCUACACGCCGGCCAAGGGGCCCCGCGAGCCAGUCAAGGUCAUCGAGGGCGGCAAGCCCGUCUACUCGGUCGUCCGUGACAAUCUGACCGACCUCGUGGUGUGGAACCCCUGGUCCGAGAAGGCCGCUGGGAUCGGCGACUUCGCGCCCAAGGACGGCUACAAGAACAUGAUCUGCGUCGAGGCGGGCAGCGUGAAGGGCUGGCAGACGCUGGAGGCCGGCGAUGCCUUCGAGGGCGCGCAGACGAUCUUGUCCCUGUGA